AUGUCUGACCCCAGAAACUACACUGUUGGAUGGAUCUGCGCUCUCUCUACAGAGCAGAUUGCGGCGGCGGCAUUUCUUGAUGAGCAGCAUGCACCGCUAGAAGACCAGCCGUCACAUGACUCCAACAACUGCAUCCUAGGCUCUAUGGGAAAGCACAACGUUGCCAUUGCUGUUCUUCCCUUGGAAUACGGAACUGCCUCUGCAUCCAACGUAGCGACCAACUUACUACGAACGUUUCCCAAUAUCAGAAUUGGUCUUCUCGUCGGUCUUGGCGGCGGUGCCCCCAGCAAGAGACACGAUAUUCGCUUGGGGGUCAGCGCACCCUCGGCUGGCAACGGAGGCGUAUUCCAAUAUGACUUUGGAAAGACGAUCCAGGGAGAAGCCUCCCAGCACACGAGGUUUCUGAACCAGUCUCCAGCCGUUUUACGCUCGGCGGUAGCAAGCCUGCAGACCAGAUAUAUGCUCGAUGGUCAUCAGCUCAAGGAAAACAUUGAAAGUGUUUUAGCAACAAGAAAGAGACUCAACAAGUUGUUUGGACGUCCAAAGACAGCCAGCGACAUGCUAUUUCGACCCGAGGUAGUCCACGACGAGGGAGGUUGUACGGCAGUAUGCGUAAAGGACGAAUCCAACUUGGUCUUACGCUGCGAGCGUACAGAAGAUGAAGAUGACCCUGCAGUUCACUACGGCCUUAUCGCUUCUGCGAACCAGCUGAAAAAAGAUGUCUUGUGCUUUGAGAUGGAAGCGGCAGGAUUGAUGAACAAUUUUCCUUGCUUGGUGAUAGGCGGAAUAUGCGAUUACUCUGACUCCCAUAAGAGUAAAGAGUGGCAAGGCUUUGCGGCAAUGACAGCUGGUGCGUAUGCAAAAGACCUCCUCGGUAUCAUUCUUCCAAGCAAAGUGGAAGCAGAACAGAGACUUAGCGAGGUCCUUACGCAAGUCAGAGACACUGUAGCCAACAUUGAGACAAACGUGAAAGAUAUCAGAUCCCGAAUGAGUUCAGAGGAGGACCUCAAGAUUUUAAACUGGCUUGCGGAUUCCAAUUACAGCAGCCAACAAAACGACUACCUUUCCAGGCGUCAACAGGGCACAGGGCAAUGGCUCCUCGACUCAAAGGAAUAUCAAGACUGGUUAUCGACGGAUAAGCAAACGUUGUUUUGCCCCGGUAUACCUGGUGCAACAGUCGGUAUUGCGUAUAACUACUACAUCUUCAAGCGCCAAGACCAACAAACCGCUGAUAAACUCAUGGCAAGUCUCCUGAGACAGCUGUGUUUCUCUCAAUCGUCGCGACCCGAAGCUGUGAAAUCUCUCCAUGACAAGCAUUAUUACAGGAAAACCCUGCCGUCCUUGGAUGAAAUUGCAAGUGCUCUGCAAUUUGUUGUCAAAACCUUCUCCCGAGUCUUCAUCGCAAUUGAUGCAUUGGACGAAUGCCGGAUUAAAGAACGACCUUUAUUUCUCUCUGAAAUCUUCAAAAUCCAGAAAGAAAUCAACGCCAAGAUUUUCGUAACCUCACGACCAAUUUUAGAAAUAAAAAAUGUGUUCCAAGGAUGCAUUUCAUUAGAUGUUGUGGCCAGCCGGGACGAUAUAUACAAGUAUCUCGAUGGUCACAUGUCGAUACUUCCCAAGUUUGUUCACGAUAAUAUCAAUCUAAAAGAGCAAAUAAAGUCAGAUAUUACGAACAUUGCUCAAGGAAUGUUCCUCCUAGCACAGCUCUACCUCGGCACUCUGGAAGAUAGGGUCACACCAAGGGAAAUGAAGCAAUCAUUGAAAAAAUUCCAGCAAAGAAGCCAGGAUCAGAGGGAAGAUCAGAAACUCGAAGUGCUAAGAGCCGUUUAUGACGAUACAAUAAAGAGGAUCAAGGAGCAAAAACCAGGUUUUCGUCAUCUGGCGACAAGUGCUUUGUCUUGGCUUUGCCAUGCAAAGAGACAACUUAAAAAAAUAGAGCUUCAGCGUGCUCUCGCAGUGCAUAUGGAACUGGAUAGCGGCAGUGUCCCACAAGAGUUUGAUGAUGACAGCGUCCCGGAAGUUGAUCUCAUAGUCUCGAGUUGCCACGGACUGGUCACUGUCGACGAAGAGAGCGAUGCCAUACGAUUAGUACAUUAUACGAAGCAAGAGUACUUUGACCAAAUGCGACAACACAUCCUGAAUACUUCUUUGGGGGCUGCUGAGCUUGGCCAUGCCAUUUUCAGCGCACUAUGCAAUGAGCAGGGCGCUGCUCUCCGGCUACUUAUCGACAUGGGUGCUGAUAUCAGCGUUAAAAGACUAUUUGAAGACGGGCUGCUGAGCCUGGCAGCAUUCCAUGGUGAUUUGGAUGCAACCCAGUUACUUUUAGACCUCGGCGCCGAUCCCAACGAACGUGAUAAAUGGCUCGAGGGGCCUGUCGAAAAAGCGGCAGGUCACGGCUACACAGCUGUGGUCCGGUUGCUUCUUGAAAGGGGUGGUAGUUUUGGAAACGAAGACGACGGUCAGUUGACGGUUGUUGAUUACGCAGUAGAGACUGACAACAAGACCAUGAUCCGAGACUUUUUUGAGACGACUACUGAUCCAAAAAAAGAAGAGUCUCUCAAAGCGCUAUUGCUUAGAGCUGCAGUGACUUAUAAACACGUAGAAUAUAUUGAAAUGAUGUUGGAGAUGGGUCCUCUGCCCAUGUUGAUGGGAGAGUUUGGUAGCAAGCUGCUGUACAAGGCAAUGACGGAAUCUGAGCUUCCAAAGGAGACUAUUGAGCUGCUUUAUGAGAAGGGCGCUAGACCUAUGGAGGGAAGCAAAGAGGAGAUUCUUUGCAAGACAAAGAUUGAUAAAGAAUGGCUUGCUGAGAAAAUACCCUCGCUUUUUACAGAGUAG